AUGCGUGCUCCCGCAUAUUGGACCAUACUCGGCCAAAAUUUUACGCGAAGAACCCUCAAGAGUAAAUGCUUCGAACGCAACGAUGCACUUCGCGAGGAACGGCCUUCGCCGACUCCGGCGAAGGUUCCGAUGACGUUGAUCGCUGGACCACACCAAGGCACCAAAGACUCCGGGGUCCUUAGCAUUAGAAAAUGCAGCCACGAGAGAAAAGCAGGAGACAGCGAAGGGAAUGAGGAAACCUCAUCGAGCAGAAUGAGAGACAGUGCACGGCAUGACGGCGUUGAGGAUAUCGUGAACUUGGCUUCAGUAGGCCAUAAUGAGACGUUCCGAAGCUUAUGGGUCCGAUUCUGUGGAGACCACUUCAUCUUCCCGUCCCGAGGAGGGCUGGAGAGGAAGUCCCACGCACCACUGCAGUUUCCGAAAUUUGAGCCAUCCUGCUUGUUGACGGAAUUUGACGAUUCAACCUCACCACGACGACAACACCUAGCCCUCCGAACGCCAGAGGACUGCCAAGAUGGGUCGCGUUGUAAGUCAUUGUUCUAUCCAACACUCGAUUCUUUAUUUGCGGAACGAUAUUGGCGCAUUAUCGACUUGCUGCUCAUCCGUAACCAGAGAAGAGGUCGUGGCUCUAUCUUCACGGCCAACACCCGCCUGAACAAGGCCCCCGCGAAGUUCCGCAACCUCGACUAUGCCGAGAGACACGGAUACCUCCGUGGUAUCGUGAAGGACAUCAUCCACGACCCCGGCCGUGGCGCUCCUCUCGCCCAGGUCGUCUUCCGCGACCCCUACAAGUUCAAGCAGCACACCGAGACCUUCAUCGCCAACGAGGGCAUGUACACCGGCCAGUUCAUCUACGCCGGCAAGAAGGCCGCCCUUACCGUCGGCAACGUCCUUCCCCUCGGCUCCAUGCCUGAGGGUACCGUCGUCUCCAACGUCGAGACCAAGAUCGGUGACCGUGGCACUCUCGGCCGCACUUCCGGCAACUACAUCACCAUUGUCGGCCACAACCCCGAUGAGGGCAAGACCCGCAUCAAGCUUCCCUCCGGCGCCAAGAAGGUCGUCCACUCCGAGGCCCGUGGCAUGAUCGGCAUUGUUGCCGGUGGUGGCCGUACCGACAAGCCCCUCCUGAAGGCUUCCCGCGCCAAGCACAAAUUCGCUGUCAAGCGUGGUGCCAACUGGCCCAGAACUCGUGGUGUUGCCAUGAACCCCGUCGACCAUCCCCACGGUGGUGGUAACCACCAGCAUAUCGGUAAGGCCUCGACCAUCUCCCGCUACGCCGUCCAGGGACAAAAGGCCGGUCUUAUUGCUGCGAGACGGACGGGUCUGCUCCGUGGUACCCAGAAGACGCCGGGAGUUUGUGUGGAUGACGAACAAAAAACGGGGUUUGGGACAGCAAAUGGAGUGAGGAGGAAAGUGGCCUUUGGAUCUUUCCUCCUAAGCCCAGCUACCAUAUGUAGUUGCGGUUUCCUCUUUCAAUUGAUCGAUUCGGAAUUUUAUAUUGAGGAGCUGCUCCUGUCUCGUGACAUUUCUUCAUUCGGCGAGUGGCCUGAUGAUACGAUGGCCCCAAAAACAAAAACGGCGCUUUCCCGCUCUGACUCGGUUCUACGAAACCUGACUCUUCAUAAUUCCUCGACAGAACCGCCAAAAUCACGGGAAACCUACACUCGUGUACUCCACAUCAGUCACUCGCGCGCAAUAAUGUUCGCUUGCCAGAGAGUCACCGCCUCGAGGUGUCUCACCCAACGCUGCACGUCCACCAAUUCUCUCAAUGCAACAGUAAAGAGAACCUUUGCUACUCGCCCUCGCCCUCGCCCCACCAUCCCUGCUGCCCCUGUCCUCUCAUCACCAUCCGCAGCGACAACACCCUCAGCCCGAGCUCCUGCCCACACCCCUCCAAGUCGACAGGCUCCCGGUCAGAGUUCUCGCCCUGCUGUGCAAGCACGUUUCUUCUCUGACCACCCUACCUCCUCCGACAGGUCCAGCAACCCCACCAUCGGCAUCCCCUCAUCCAAAACUGGCCGACGGAACACCAAAAUCAAAAUCUUUGAAAGCUCCCACAACCUCCAUCACUUCCACACCUCAUCCAUACAUCCCAGAACACCUCAAUUGAACAAAAUGGCAUCCCAGGAUUUCCGUCUUCUCUGCAUUGAGAACCCUCUGCUUGACAUCCAAGCAGUUGGUGAUAAGGCUCUCCUCGAAAAGUACGGCCUCAAGGAGAACGAUGCCAUCCUCGCUGAGGAGAAGCACCUCGGCAUCUACGAGGACCUCCUCAACAACUACGACGCCAAGCUGAUUGCCGGCGGCGCCGCCCAGAACACCGCUCGCGGUGCCCAGUACAUCCUCCCCCCCAACUCCGUCGUCUACCUCGGUGGUGUCGGUGACGACAAGUACGCCUCCAUCCUCCAGGAUGCCGUCAAGACCGCCGGUCUCCGCGUUGAGUACCGUGUCGACCCCAAGAUUGCCACCGGCCGCUGCGGUGUUGUCAUCACCGGCCACAACCGCUCCAUGUGCACCGAGCUCGGCGCCGCCAACCACUACGACCUUGAGCACUUGACCCGUCCCGACGUCUGGAAGCUCGUCGAGAACGCCCAGGCCUACUACAUUGGAGGCUACCACUUCACCGUCUGCCCCGCCGCCAUCCAGAAGCUCGCCGAGGAGGCCGCCAAGAACAACAAGGUCUUCGCCGUCAGCUUGUCCGCCCCCUUCAUCUGCCAGUUCUUCAAGGACCCCCUCGAUGCCAGCGCCCCGUACUGGGACUACGUUAUCGGCAACGAGACCGAGGCAGCCGCCUACGCCGAAGCCCACAGCCUCGGCACCACCGACCUCAAGGAGAUCGCCAAGGCCCUCGCCAACCUCCCCAAGGAGAACAAGCAGCGCAAGCGUGUCGCCAUCAUCACCCAGGGCACCGAGCCCACUCUCGUUGCCGUUCAGGGUGAGGACAGCGUCAAGGAGUACCCCGUCAAGCCCAUCUCCAAGGAGCAGAUCAACGACACCAACGGAGCUGGUGAUGCCUUUGCUGGCGGUCUGAUGGCCGGCAUUGUCGAUGGCAAGUCCCUCGACCAGUCCAUCGACAUGGGCCAGUGGCUGGCUAAGCUCAGCAUCCAGGAGCUUGGACCUUCCUACCCCUUCCCCAAGCAGGCUUAUUCCGCUCUGGCGUUGAGGGGGUCAAAGGGAAAACGGUUUCAACAACGGCGUUGGCUCCUGAGAGAGCUUUCAAAUGAGUGGCAAUCGCACUUUGCAUCAACUUGCAAUCUGGGCUCGACACCUUUUACGACCUUGAGCCCAUGGGUCAUGAGAUAUUUGACCAGAGUCCACUUCCCCGUCGUAUCCGUCGUAUCGUGUCCAGUGAAAUCCGUCCAAAACAGUAGUAUGAGCCAGUAUAAUUCAAUCGUGCGAUCGAUUCAUGUCGCUGAAACUUUUAGCAAAUAA